GGACACAAACCUGGACGCACCACCAGGAGGGGCGGCGGUAAACUGGUUAGCAUGAACAAACAAGGCUCAGAAACGGCGACCUAAGCGUCUGCUUUGCAUGGCAGAUUGUCGGAGAAACCCUUUAACCGACUGGCGAAGACAUAUUUGAGGACAACCACGAAGCUGCGUCUCCGCAGUGACUCGACUCUCACCGGGGUGAAAUCUCGUCGAGAUGUCCGCUUUCUCCGAGGCGGCUCUAGAGAAGAAACUAUCCGAGCUGAGCAACUCUCAGCAAAGUGUGCAAACCCUGUCGCUGUGGCUCAUCCACCACAGAAAACACUCCAAGACCAUUGUCAGUGUGUGGUUCAACGAACUGAGGAAAGCUCAGGUAUCCCGGAAGCUCACCUUCCUGUAUUUGGCCAAUGACGUCAUCCAGAACAGCAAAAGAAAAGGCCCCGAGUUCACGCAGGACUUUGCGCCGCUAAUCGUGGAUGCGUUCAAACACGUUUACAGAGAGGGGGAGGAAAGCUGCAAGAAACAGUUGGGUCGGGUUUUAUCCAUCUGGCAGGAGAGAGCUGUUUACGAGCAGUCCCUGCUGGAGCAGCUCUCACAGGUCCUGGAUGGAGAUAAAAAAGCUAAGAAAAGGUCUUAUGAGAAGAUCCACUCUGAUGAUGGGGGCUUCGCCUCCCAGAGAUCCCCCGCUGAGCCUCCACAGACAUCAGAGUUGAUCCGAGCCCUGCAGGAGCUGGAGAACGCCGCCUCCAGCGACUCCGUGCUCCGUCAGCGCAUCUCGUCUCUUCCCGCGGAGGUGCAGGACACGUCGCUCCUUCACAGAAUCACAGAUAAAGAAUCAGGCGAGCGGCUCUCCCGGUUGGUAGAGGAGGCCUGCAUGCUUUUAGCGGACUACAGCGGUCGCCUGGCGGCCGAGAUCGACGACCGGAGGCAGCUCACGCGCACCCUAACGGUCUUCCUGCAGAGCCAGAAGGAUGGCCUGGCCCAGAACGAGCAGAAACUUGAAGAAUACAAGCGCAAAUUGGCGAUGGUGUCGCAGGUCCGGAAGGAGCUGCGCUCACGUCUGAAUAAUCUCUCAGAAGGACUCUACAGCUCCUCUAAAUGACCGAAGUCGCUCUCGCCACACGGAGAGAGCGUCCUGCUGGGAAAGCGUCCCAACAUGUCUCCAGUGAUCGUCGUUCCGUCACCGACGGAUCAUUGAUCAACACUUGAACUGAAGUUUCUUCAACGCUUUCUUUGUGAACAAGCUCCUCUUUUAAUUUAAGAGUUAAACACUGUAAGGAUCCAUAUUCUUCACACGUGACUCCUCUGUGUUGACCCCUGACAGCUUAACUUUUACAGUUUUAAUGUGCUAUGGCUGGUGGAAUACUUCUCUGUACAUGACGACUCAAGAUGAUGCACCAGUGCACAACCUUUUAGUGUGAUCAUGAUCAUUUCCAGUAUUGGAAAGCUUCUGUAAUAUUGUGCAUUUUGUUUGGAUGCAUUUGUUAACGUUAGAGAUCACUGCAACAGUCAUUCAAGCUGAAACCACUGGUUUUAUACAACACAAUGAAUAAAACAAAACAUCAUGAUUAUUAGAAAACUAAAUGACCACAAAGUAAACAUGGUUAUAAUUUUCAUAAGCUUAUUUGUGAAAGGAUUGUUUGGUCACAUGCAAGUUUGCAUGCAAAUGAGGUGGAGUUUUCUCCUUUUCAUUGUAUCUGUGGUUUGUGUUCGUCAUCAAGGCAGCAAAACAAUUUACUUGUAUCUUUUUACCUUUAAUGUACUUGCACAAUGAGUGAAGGACUGAGUUGUCAAUUUUUUUUGCUGUGUUGCUUCAUAGUUUUCUCUUUAAUGUUGUGCAAAGGCUUCACACACCUCAAAAAGUGCCCCAGCUUCCAAAGCCAGACAUAAAAACGUUUUGUUUUUGUAACUAAGCAGAAAAUGCUUAUUAGAACCAAAUAAAAAAAUGUACCAAUU